AUGCCCCGCUCUGCUGCCCCUCCCAACCCAAUCUUCAUCCUCAUCCCCACCCUCGUGCUCAUCCCGCCAACUCCGCCUCCGCCAGCAACGCCCAGACUGAUGAGUUCCGUCGAGGCGGACGCCGAAUGCCCGACUAUCAGCAAGCACGCACAGAUGGUUGAGUGGCCGUUCAGUGGAUUGGUGGUCGUCCAACACGUAGGCGACUCGAGCGAGAUCAGCUUCGAGGUGUUCGGCUCCCUCCACGGCCCCCAAUCUCGACAACCCACCAAGACUCGUCCGGCACAGGCUCAAGAAAUCGUCGUCGGCAAGAGGAGCAAGUGGAGGCGGAAAAGCGACAAGCGAGCCGAGCACACGCAGCUGGUCAAGGUAGACCGGAAGAUCGAGUUGGCGAUGCUCGCUCUAGGGUUCUAG